CGACGUCAAUACUGAAACGUCACCAUUGUGUGCCCGGCCAUCGUAUGUCGUCGAUUUAAGCUGAAUUAACUACUUGUGAAUAAUUUGACGAAUAUUCACGUACGGUUGGCUAAUUCUGCUCGAGAGUAACAUAAAAGUAAAGUAAAGACUAGUCAGAACGUCUCUAAUUUAUACAUUGCCAUGGCGUCUCCAGGGGGACAGGGAGGAGGGGCAGUGUCUACAAGAGGAGCAGGAGCUAGGAGGAUGAAAUGGGCUCUGGAGUUGAGCUUGGGCAAUGCUAGGGGUCGUGGAGACAGACAGAGUAACCAGGGAGAUGUGAUGUACCCCAUUGGAUACUCAGACAAACCAGUCCCAGACACCAGCAUCCAGGAAACAGACAAAAACCUGGUGGAAAAGCGUUGUUGGGACGUGGCCCUGGGCCCUCUGAAGCAGAUUCCCAUGAACCUUUUCAUCAUGUACAUGUCUGGGAACACCAUCUCAAUCUUCCCUAUCAUGAUGGUCUGUAUGAUGGCCUGGAGGCCCAUCCAGGCUCUCAUGUCCAUGUCUGCCACAUUCAAGCUGUUGGAGAACUCUAACCAGCAGUGGCUCCAGGGGCUUGUCUAUUCUGUAGGGAACCUGUUGGGCUCGGCAUUGGCUAUCUACAAGUGUCAGUCAAUGGGUCUUCUCCCAACUCACUCCUCUGAUUGGCUCGCUUUCAUAGAACCGCCUCAGAGGAUGGAGAUCAUGGGUGGAGGGAUGGUAUUGUGAAGAGGACAGAAGACACACACAUACUGAAAUAUGCUGAACUGUUCUGUUAAUACAUUAAAUCUCUUCCAAGUCUUUUCAAUUCUCUGGCUUUUAGGUUUUUGUGAACUCCUCAAGCUUUUUAUCUACAUUUUGUUUGUCAUUUGAGAUUAUUUGUCACAGGUUAUAAAAUGUUACAGAACAAAUUCAACAUCUAAUAAUAGGAAAAUGUCAUGUUUGUAAAACCGUUCAUCAUUCUACUAAAUCCACACGGUCAACUUAAGGUGUCACCAUAACAUUUUUUUCAUGUAUCUUUGUGUCAAAUAAAAGGGUUAACUAGUU